CGCAUCAUUUUUACGCGACUCUCUUAAGCAGCACGUAAUAUACGUCAUUAUUUUGACCGGAGAGGAGACCAUGGCAGAUAUUGGUGUAAAAGCAGGGGAUAAGGUGCUGUUGGUGUGGAGCCAGCCCUCAUCCCCAACAACCCUGAAGGAGCUGGCAGAGAGUCUAGGGGCCAUGGUUGGCUCUGAGGGCCGAGUGUCACUGGAGAAUAUGGAGAGACUUCUAAUGUCUUCACAUGCAGCAUCAACUUAUGACUGGGUCCUCUCAAGUGUACUCUCUGACAGCUCUUCCGUUCACACCUCAGAGACGCUAGCAGAGAUGGCCAGAGUGAUAAAACCUGGUGGGAAACUAGUUCUAGAGGAACCUGUUACAGGAACUAAUGACCAACAAGUGAGGACUGCUGAGAAGCUUAUGUCAGCCUUGAAGUUGUCUGGCCUGGUGUCUGUGACUGAGAUCAGUAAAGGACCCCUGACCCCAAAAGCUUUUUCUGCCCUGAGGACAUCUACAGGCUUCCAGGGGAACAUUCUCUCCAGGGUGCGCAUGUCUGCUUUUAAACCCAACUUUGAGGUGGGCUCCUCUAGCCAGCUGAAGCUUUCCUUUGGGAAAAAGACCCCAAAACCAGAAGACAAACCUGCUCUUGACCCCAAUGCUGCCAAGGCAUGGACCCUGUCAGCCAAUGACAUGGAUGAUGAUGAUGUGGACCUGGUAGACUCAGAUGCUCUCCUGGAUGCAGAUGAUCUCAAGAAGCCAGAUGCAGCCUCCCUCAAGGCGCCCUCCUGUGGUGACGGAACAACCAAGAAAAAGAAGGCUUGCAAGAACUGCUCUUGUGGUCUUGCUGAGGAGUUGGAACAGGAAAGCAAGGGUGCCCAGAUGAUCAGCCAGCCCAAGUCAGCGUGUGGAAGUUGUUACCUGGGUGAUGCCUUCCGAUGUGCCAGCUGCCCGUAUCUUGGGAUGCCUGCCUUUAAACCUGGGGAGAAGGUUGUCCUGGCCAACACAGGGCUAAAUGAUGCCUAGGAACACUUUUUUUCUGUAGUGUCGCAUUAUUUACAUUCCUUACACCCUGCUAACCUACCAACCCCUGGAGCAAUAUUCCCUAUUUUUUUGGCACUGAGAAAAUUUCAGGUCUACUGUGCGCAAACUUGAACGUUGUGAAAGUUCUGUGCAACUUCCGCGCGUUUACUGUGAACGCUGAGGCUGUACCCACUUUAAGUUAGUUUUAACUGUUGUCAAGUAAGCUACUGUGGCUAUUUGAUCAUAAUGUAGGCCUACCAGAGUGGCCUACCAUCAAAAACAAUGGAGAAAAUGCAUCCCAUAACAUUUAAACAUGGAAAUAGCUGUUCUAUCAUUCAGCCUAAAGUAGCAGCCAAUGAAUGGUUUUCAAUGUAGGUCUACAUUCCAUAAGACUUUUGAAAAAAACAUGCAGGGCUUAACAUUAACCUGUUUAUCCACUUGUCCUUCAGACAAGGAGGUUACUG